GUAAGCAGCGAGUUUGAGAGGAAGUCGAUUUCCUCUGUGGCUUUUGCCAGCUGCGGACCCCGCGCUAGCCCGGGCUGCGCUGGCUGGGUAAAGGGGUGCAGAGGACCCGCGGGAAGGGGCCGCGAGCCUCGUGAUUGACAGCCCGAAAUCUGAUCUUGUGAAAGAGACGUGGAGCCAAUAGGAGGCAGCGAUCCAUCAGUUUGGAUUGGAGGCCCCUGGAGGAGAAGUAGAGGAAAAACCACCGAAUUGAGCUCUGUCAGAGGCGCUUUCGGCUUCCAAGGGGAAGUGCUGGGCGAUAAUUAAUGUUUUUAUUAAAUUUGGAGGGAAUUUUUUGCAGCCGUUCGCCUAGCGUGGCCUUCAGGUUGAUAGAAGUCCAGAUCCUGAGGAAAUCUCCAGAUAAAUGCUCAAAAUAUAAAAUACUGAGCUAAUAUUUGCGAAGAGCAGCAGAAUGGAUGGAUUUUAUGACCAGCAAGUGCCUUACAUGGUCACCAAUACUCAGCGUGGGAGAAAUUGUAACGAGAAACCAACAAAUGUCAGGAAAAGAAAAUUCAUUAACAGAGAUCUGGCUCAUGAUUCAGAAGAACUCUUUCAAGAUCUAAGUCAACUGCAGGAAACAUGGCUUGCAGAAGCUCAGGUACCUGACAAUGAUGAGCAGUUCGUACCAGAUUAUCAGGCUGAAAGUUUGGCUUUUCAUGGCCUGCCAUUGAAAAUCAAGAAAGAACCUCACAGUCCUUGCUCAGAACUCGGCUCUGCCUGCAGUCAAGAGCAGCCCUUUAAGUUCAGCUAUGGAGAAAAGUGCCUGUACAAUGUCAGUGCCUAUGAUCAGAAGCCACAAGUGGGAAUGAGGCCCUCCAACCCUCCCACGCCAUCCAGCACUCCGGUGUCUCCACUGCACCAUGCAUCUCCAAACUCAACUCACACUCCGAAACCUGAUCGCGUCUUCCCUGCUCACCUCCCUCCAUCGCAGUCCAUACCAGAUAACAGCUACCCCAUGGACCACAGAUUUCGUCGCCAGCUCUCUGAACCCUGUAAUUCCUUUCCUCCUUUGCCGACAAUGCCACGGGAAGGACGUCCUAUGUACCAACGCCAGAUGUCUGAGCCAAACAUCCCCUUCCCGCCACAAGGCUUUAAGCAGGAGUACCACGACCCAGUAUAUGACCACAACACCAUGGUUGGCAGCGCGGCCAGCCAAAGCUUCCCCCCACCUCUGAUGAUAAAACAGGAGCCCAGAGAUUUUGCAUAUGAUUCAGAAGUGCCUAGCUGCCACUCCAUUUACAUGAGGCAAGAAGGCUUCCUGACUCAUCCUGGCAGAACAGAAGGCUGUAUGUUUGAAAAGGGCCCCCGGCAGUUUUAUGAUGACACCUGUGUUGUUCCAGAGAAAUUUGACGGGGACAUUAAACAAGAGCCAGGAAUGUACCGGGAAGGACCCACGUACCAGAGGCGAGGAUCUCUUCAGCUUUGGCAGUUUUUGGUAGCUCUUCUGGACGAUCCGUCAAAUUCUCAUUUUAUCGCCUGGACUGGUCGAGGCAUGGAAUUUAAACUGAUUGAACCUGAAGAGGUGGCUCGGCGUUGGGGCAUUCAGAAAAACAGGCCAGCGAUGAACUAUGAUAAACUUAGCCGUUCACUCCGCUACUACUAUGAGAAAGGAAUCAUGCAAAAGGUGGCUGGAGAGAGAUACGUCUACAAAUUUGUGUGUGACCCGGAAGCACUGUUCUCCAUGGCCUUUCCGGAUAAUCAGCGCCCGCUGCUGAAGACAGACAUGGAACGUCACAUCAACGAGGAGGACACGGUGCCUCUGUCUCACUUUGAUGAGAGCAUGGCCUAUAUGCCGGAAGGGGGCUGCUGCAACCCUCACCCCUACAACGAAGGCUAUGUGUACUGACACGAGUGACUGUCACGAAGGGCGUCCUUGCGCUUUUCUUUCUGCAAGAUGCGGAGAACCGCUGAGUUCUCUUCAAUCUUUUUUUAUUUUUGUUGUUUGUAUUUUAUUUUUAAAUAAUAAUACAAAAAGGGGCUUUUCCUGUUGCAUUAUUCUAUGGUCUGCCAUGGAUUGCGCACUUUAUUUGAGGGUGGGUGGGAGUAAUCUAAACAUUUAUUCUAUGUAACAGGAAGACAAUGGGUGAAUGGGCAGAGGGAUCUGGGGAUUACUUUUUACUUAGGCUUGGGAUAGGGUCCUACAGGUUUUAGGUAUGAUGAAGUUAUAUCAUGUCUGUUUGAUUUCAUAAUAACAAGAUAAUCUUCAUUUUUCUCUGGGUAACUAGGGUACAGUUGAUUUCACAUUGUGUAAAUAUCCAUUUGGAGACUGUUUGCCUAGGGCAUUUCCCCCCAUCACUUCUGAGUCUCUGCAGGCAUACAAAAAAAAAAAAUCUACUGUAAAUGGCAGUUUAAUUUUUAGAAAGGACUGUUUUUGCACCUCUUGUAAAAAGGUAUUUAGCAAUUGAUUACGUUUGCCAUUGUUUUGUUUUGCUUUACACAUGACUCACAGAGGAUGAGCGUAAAACUGGGCGACUCUCUCUGAAGCUGAGUAAUUAUCUUGACUGUAAAUGAGGGGCACAAUUUUGGACUCUGGCUCGGAACUGAGUCACAGGCCAGUAGCGAUACAAGUAUCUGGUGCCACCUUGCUGUUUAGAUAAAAAUCAUACUGUCUUUUAAAUAUUUUGAAACCCAUUUUAGUUAAAUAAUGAUGUUAUGGUUCUUUGGAAUCUUCGUUUAAGUGUUAAAUUUGGGAUCACAAUGAAGCAAAAAAUAUCUGUCUUUCACUUCCUUCAGUACAUAAACACAUUAUUUAAUCAAUAAGAAUUAACUGUACUAAAUCACAUAUUAUGCUGUUCUAGUUACAGCAAGCACUCUUUAAGAGAAAUAUCCACUACAUUAAAUAGGUACUAUAGUAAUUUUUAGACAUGGUACCCGUUGAUAUGCAUUUAAACGUUUUACUGCUGUGUUAUGUUGAUAACAUAUAUAAAUAUUAGAUAAUGCUAAUGCUUCUGCUGCUGUCUUUUCUGUAAUAUUCUCUUUCAUGCUGAAUUUACUAUGACCAUUUAUAAGCAAUGCAGUUAACUACAGAUAGCAUUUCAGGACAAAAUAGAUGACUCAAACCAUUUAUUGCUUAAAAAAUAGCUUACGCCAUGCUAUGCUAUAAGCAGCUUUUAUGCACAUUGACAAAUGAAGAGUAAGCUUCAGCUUGCUAAGGGAAACUGUGGAAACUUUUGCAACUUUUGGUGAAAUGGAAAAUGACUUACAAACUGUCAAAGAAUAUGAAGAAGUUGCUGUAUGACAUAGUGCUGGCACUGAUAUUAUCCAUCAUCUCGUUUGGACACUCCUGUAAAUGUGACCAGAUUCUUUGAGAGAAGACUUAAAAAUUUCAAGUUUCAAAGAUAUUUUGUUUUGUUUUGUUUUGUUUUACAUUUGGAGGAAGUAUAGAAAGCAGUAUAUAUUCCAUCCACUCUGAAAAAAUAACCUAAAUAGAGUUACAGUAUCACUGAAUGGCUUGUGAAAAGAUUCAAGAAAGUAAUGCGAAUUUUUUCAACCCAUUAAUAUACUAGAGGAAUGAAAGUCUUUAACUAAACGUUAAAAAUUUAUACACAAAGCCAAAACAAACCUAUGAAAGCAUUUUAUGAUGAUCACAGAAAGGACUCUUUAAAAACUAUCCCCAGCUACCCAUUUUGCAACACAGCAAUUUCUCUAAUUUGAACAGUUAUUGAGCAAACCGUAUACUAAAAUCAAUGUUAUUCACAUUAACUCCUUCAAUAGCUUUCUAAUUUCAACAUGUGUAUGUAACCUGUGAUUUCAAUGAUUAUUCGAUGUUCACGUCAUAUAUUAUUUGGCCCUUUAUGGACCAAUAAAUUAUGCCUUAAAAAUCAGACCCCCCCAAUAUGCUCAUGUGGCCAUUUCCAGCACUUAGAAUAAAAACAGAUUUUAAAGUAUUCAGUGAAAUUUUAUUGCAAAGUGAACUGAGAUGUACGAUUGAGAUAUUUGGUGAAAUUGAAGGAGAACUUUUAAGUGGGUUUUUAAAAUAUGUUCUAAAUAAAAAUCAUUAAGGAUUCUUUAUUUUUUCUUUUAUUUCAUUUUAGUACUCUAGUUCUAGUCAGUGAGGAAGAAUUGGGUCAUGAGUUAGAUUAAAGUAUCAAAGAAAUUAAUGGUAUUAAUUAUAUGAUAUUUAAGGACAAACUAUGUAGACUGCUGUUUAAGGUAGUGACUCACUGAGCUAAAUGAAGGAAUUGACCAAGUUUAAAUAUAUUUCCAAUUAUAUAUUGAAGGGUUCAAAAUACUGCAUUAUAAACUCUUUUGGGAAAUGUACCUAAUUUUUUUUUUAAGUUCUAUUUUAUUCUACUUUUGUUUGGUUGUGUUUUUAUGUUUUUUAUUUCCAGGUAGAUUAAUAAAUCUGGCAGCUGAUUUCUGCAAGAUUUCGUGUUUUGAAUUUCUGAUUGAAUUUGCUAUUUAAACAUUGAAAUUAAUUCGUGAAACUUGUCUUUUUUUAAUAGGUAAAAAAAAACUGAUAGAAACAUCUCCAUUAGUGUAUGCUUGUCUCUUGUUGAUGACAUAUUAACAUCAAAUAGAUUAAUUACAGCAAAGAAUGUGAUUUCCAAAUAACUAAUGAAAGGUCACUUUUUCUGAGUUAUGUCUAUUAAAAACACUUCAAAAUAAAAAUCCACAAAACUGACAGUGCAGAGCAUUUUUCUUGGAUCAUGGAGGAUCCUAGAGAUCUAAUUUCCUCUAGAUAGUGAAACAGAUUACCACUCUAGUAAGGACACACACAGAUCCUCUUAUUGCUCUGAAGAUCAGAAGUCCAAAA